CUCUCAUCAACAAUUGCAAAUACUCAUUCUAGGAACCAAUUCUUGUUGUUCAUUCUAAUUGCUCAUUUCUUUAUAUUUUCAUAUAGUAAAAACUAUGGCUCAAUCAGUGUCAUUGUCAACAACUGUUUCACCUCUGCUUUCUCAAAAAACAGGGUACUCUGUAAAAUCACAUAACAAUACUAUUGCACCUUGCAUGGCCACAUUUCGAUCACAGAGACAAUUUCCAAGGCUAGGAUUAGGAAGGGUGAGAGCUCAGGCUGGUGGUGAUAACAAAGACAAUUCUUUGGAAGUUCAACAUGUUAACAAAUACGAUGAAGGCGGCGAUAAAGGAACCGCCGUAGAGAGGAAGCCUCGCCGAGGUAGUUCCAUCGACAUUUCACCAUUUGGUUUAUUGGAUCCAUGGUCACCUAUGAGGAGCAUGCGUCAAAUUCUAGACACAAUGGACCGAAUUUUCGAAGAUGCAAUGAUAUUCCCAGGAACAAACCUUGGAGUUGGAGGUGGCGAGAUUCGUGUCCCUUGGGACAUCAAAGAUGAAGAGAAUGAAAUCAAAAUGCGUUUUGACAUGCCUGGUCUUUCUAGAGAAGAUGUUAAGGUAUCAGUUGAGGAUGAUGUUCUUGUCAUAAAAAGUGAUGUUAAGAAGGAAGAAAGUGGUGAAGAAGAUUCUUGGUCAAGAAAGAGCUAUAGUUCUUAUGAUUCAAGGCUCAAGCUUCCUGAUAAUUGUGAGAAGGAUAAGGUUAAGGCUGAGUUGAAAAAUGGUGUGCUUUAUAUUAGUGUUCCUAAGACUAAAGUUGAACGCAAGGUUAUUGAUGUCCAAAUUCAGUGAUAUGUUAAGGCUUUUUAUAGUGUCUUCUUGAGAUAGUGUGCUUUUCCAUUUUUGUUGUUGUGUAACUAUGUUUAAUCAAGUGUUGAAUAAAUAAGAUGAUUUACUAUUUCUUAA